AUGGCACAAGACUCUUCCGACGACGAACUCGACGGCUUCGACCCCACAACACCCUACAAACCCAAAGCCAAAUCCCAGCCCAAACCCACAACAUCCAAACCCACCACCACCUCCAAACCCACCACAACCACAACCACAACCAAACCCAAACCCGGUCCCUCAAAUUCCAACUCCAACUCCAAACCUACAUCCAACGCCAAACUCACUUCCAACUCCAACAAACCCGCGUCCAAAUCGACCGCUAAGACCCCCACAACGACUAACAAGCCCAACACAACAACGACGGUCCCAUCCAAGCGCACCGCCCGUGUGGAGGAUUCGGAUGACGACGAUGUGCAGUUGAUUGAGGAUCCGGGUAUGGGGUUUAGGGAGAGCUUGAGUUUGGGUAAGAGUAGGAGUGGGAGUGGGAAGGGUGCUGCGGGUACGAAUGGGGGAGGUGGUGGGACAGGAGGAGGGAGGAGUCGCGAGACAUCUGGGACGACUGGGAAUGGGAAUGGGAAAAGUGCGCCGACGACGACGAAACACCCAACGGCUACUACGACCACGACCACGGCAGCUGCGAAAGGCAAGAGUAAACCCACGCCCGCGCCUCCUCCCGCGAAGAAAGCGAAAACCACGACCUCGACCACGACCGCGACUGCGAAUGGGCUCAAGAACCGGACGAGCAGGUCAGACUCGGAUGGAAUGGACGUAGACGCGCCGAACGAUAACGAUGAACGCAGCGAACACGGAGAAGAGGACGAAGACGAUGACGAAGUAGCGGCCUCAGAGCAGGAUGAGGAUGACGAAGAGCAAGAGGAAGCACCGCCGCCGCCGCCGCCGCAAACACUGGGGAAGAAAGUAGCCUAUGCGGCGAAGAGGACGGCCGGGAAACCCCCGCCCCCGCCCCCAGUCCCAGCUCCUGCGCCGGCGCCGGCGUCGAAGUCGCAGGGGAAUGGGCGGAGCGGGCAUGGGGAGACGAAGGCGAAUGGGGGUGGGAAUGUGAAGGGUAAGGAGAAGGAGAACUUGAAGGAGAAGCAGCAGGCUCCGCAGGUCCAGGAGGCUCAGGCUCAGGCUCAGGGACAAGGACAGGGCGUAGCGUCCGCACGAGAGCUUGAGAGGUUGAAUCGACAGUUAUUGCAGAUGAAAGAGCAGAGGGAUACAUUCCAGAAGCAGCUCGAAUCUCUGCUUGCUGUGAGGAAUACGGAGGCGGAACAAGCACUCGUGACACAGGCAGCACAACACAAGGCCGAAGUCAAAGCCCUAAAAGACUACAUCCACGAACUCACCACCACCUCCUCCAACGCAAAAGAAAACGUACCAAACCCGAUGCUCAAAGCCGCGCUGCACGGCUCCGGCAAUGCCAUCGAGUUCAUAACGCGCGAGACGGCGGAGAACGAGAAACGUGCGUUGAAGAGGGAGGUGGAGCAUUUGAGGGAGGGCAAGCGCAAGGCGGAGGAGAGGACGGAGGCGAGGGUGAAGGAGGUGCAGGAGAGGUUGGAUGAGUUGAAGACGGUCGAGAAAGAACUCCGAAUCGAACUCAAAGCCGAGAUCGAGCGCGCCAAAUCGCUCCAGUCUCGCGUCGCUUCCACCUCUGAUGGCAAUGGACACAGCGGGCCUACUAAACGACAGGGUCCUGGUCGUAACCCGACGGUGGACCUGUACGAGGCGUUGACGAACUUGUUGGUCAUCAAUGUGGAGCAUCCGAUUGACCCGGCCACGGGAUUGGAGACGACGAUGUAUCAUUGCGUGUUCACGGAGCAAGACAAGGGUAUCAACUUCACCCUCCAAUUCUACAAAACACCCUCAGAAGACGACCCGAAAACAUAUAUCACGAAAGUCCGCUACGAGCCCAAAGACAUGCAGAUGCUGCCGGACGAGUUCUGGGCCUCCGUCGGGUUCUUGGCAAAGCAGGACGUGGUCGCGUUCGACGAAGGCGAGACCGACGUGUUUUAUAAGAGCAUGUAUAAUUUGAUGACGGAGAGGGAUCUGUUCGUUGGGAUUGGCCGACCGGGGUUGCCAAAUGAUGAUGAGGAGGAGAUGCAGGAGGAUGGGGAGGAGGUGGAUGGACAGGAGGUGUUUGAGAUUGAAUGAGGGAUUCAGAUGCGGUGGGUUGGGAUGGGUUGCGUU